CACUCUAGCUGGAGUCCGUUGGAGCUUCACACUCGGUCCCGAGAUGACGGCGAGCAAGCGGGUGGCGAAGGAGCUGGAGGACCUUCAGAAGGAGCUCCCCAGGUACCUGCGGAACCUGUUCAGCGAUGAUGCCAACGUGCUGGUGUGGCACGCUCUCCUCCUGCCUGAGAAACCUCCUUACAACCUCAAGGCCUUCAACCUGCGCAUCAGCUUCCCUGAGGACUAUCCAUUCAAGCCUCCGACAGUGACAUUCACAACCAGGAUCUACCACCCUAAUGUGGACAGCAGCGGGCGGGUGUGCCUGCCCAUCAUCAGCAAGGAGAACUGGAAGCCUUUCACCAAGACCUGCCAAGUUUUGGAGGCCCUCAACGUGCUGGUGAAUAAACCAGAGCUGGGGCAGCCCCUUCGCUUGGAGCUUGCUGACCAGCUGACCCAGGACCCGGAGCUGUUCAACAGGAGGGCCAAAGAGUUCACCCUCCAGUUUGGAGUGGACCGACCCUUCUAACUCAGCCUCUGACCCACCUCUGCACUGGAUGCUUUCUGUGUGAUGGACGGACACAUGUCAUGGGCUAGGGGCCAGAGCCCCUUUGUGGUCCAUUUCUUGCUCAUUUCUUCCAAGUUUUCCUUCUUAGAUUAUUAGUCAUUUGUGUGUGCGUGCGCGCGUGUGCGUGUGUGUGUGUGUAUGUGUGUGUGGUGGUGGUGGGGCCUCAGUUAUGUGUGUGGUACGUGGACCCACUGGCCUCAGGUGUGCUUUCCCCACUUCCUUUCUCUGCCCCAGAGCCAGGGGCAUUUAGGUUUGCAGAGUCGCAGGCCAGCUCUCCAGCGCUCUGUGAUGUGGGAAGCCUGAUCCUUAGAGACUCAGGCUGCCUUGCAGGCCGGCUCGCGGGAAAUGAGCCCAGCAGCCAACCAGAAUCCCCCGAGGGCCCAGGCAUGGGGGGUGCGGGGAGGGCAGAGGGGCAGUGGGGAGUAUGGGAGGGAGGCAGGGCACAGGGAUGAGGGACUCCUACUUACGUUGAGUGUUUUGCUGAUGGAGUGAUUGAAAACAGCCAGACCACUGAUAGACAUGUAGAGAUGCAAAACCUUUUCUGUUUCACUGAUGAAUCAUAAAGUGAAGAAACUAAUCU